AUGACUGCGGACAACAAAACAGCAGUGGCCGAAUUUUUUCUUCUGGGGUUUACAAACCUUUCUGUUUUUAAAUUUGCAUUGUUUGCUCUGUUUUUGAUAGUUUAUGUUGUUUCACUGGGUGGUAACCUGCUGAUUAUUACUUUGGUUUUAUUAAGCAAAUUGUUCCAUUAUCCAAUGUACUUCUUCCUCAUUCAUUUGUCUUUUUGUGACAUUUUAUUUACUACAAAUGUUCUACCAAACAUGAUGCAUGUUAUAAUAAGAGAUGGCAGUAGUUUAUCCAUCGCCAGCUGUGUUACCCAAUAUCAUAUUUUUGGUUUCUCUGCAAGCACAGAAUCAUUCCUCCUAAUGAUUAUGUCUUAUGACCGCUAUGUAGCCAUCUGCAAUCCAUUACGAUACAAUGCAAUUAUGAGUUCGAGUCUACAAGUCCUUCUUGUUAUGUCAUCUUGGUUGCUAAGUUUAACUGUGACUUUGGUUUCACUCAUCCUUGUAUGUCAGCUCCAGUUCUGUGGGCCAAAUGUGAUUGACCAUUUCUUCUGUGAUAUUGCUCCACUUCUGGAAAUUUCCUGCUCAGACAUUUCCAAAGUAAAAUUGGAAAUAUAUGUGUGUUCUGUGCCUAUUGUACUUUUCCCAUUUCUGUUUAUUAUGGGAAGUUAUAUUUCUAUAUUUUUAAGUAUUAUACGGAUAUCCUCCACCUCUGGAAGACAGAAAGCCUUCUCUACCUGCAGUUCUCAUCUGAUAGUUGUAUGCCUGUACUUUGGGACACUCUUUGCUGUAUAUGUUGUACCAAUGGACAAAUCCAAUUUGAACAUAAAUAAGAUCUUGUCUUUGCUAUAUACUGUCGUCCCACCAUUGUUCAAUCCUAUUGUGUACAGUCUUAGAAAUAAGGAGAUUAGGACAACAAUAGGGUCUCAUAGCAAACGCAUCCAAUUUGAACAUAAAUAA